AUGGAAGAAACAAAUAUAAAACAGCCGAAAUCGGCCCCUUUUAUAUGUUCCAUUCGUGUUGCCGUAGCCUUUGUAGGAUUUCUUGGUAUGGUUGCUCAUUAUUCUCAAAAGAUUAGUAUUGGUAUGGCUCUCGUAUGCAUGGUCAAUCAUUCAUCAAUUGAUCCUCUGAAAAAUUCCUUUAAUCCAUCAGUUACACAGAUUAAUACUGAUUGUCCACUCCUCAAUAAUACUAUGAAAAUUGAAGGUCCAUAUCCUUGGACAAAAAAUAUCCAAGGCCUCGUCUUGGGUGGCUAUUUUUGGGGAUAUUUGAUUACUGAAGUACCAGGUGGAUAUCUAGCUGGUGUUUAUGGUGCUCGACUUAUAUUUGGCGGAGCUAUGAUAAUAGCUGGUGCUUUUUCAAUACUUAUUCCGUUGGGUGCUAGGCUGCAUUGGGGAGUAGUAUGGUUUUUACGAUUGAUUGUUGGACUGGCACAUGGUGUCAUAUGGCCUUGUAUGACUGUUAUCAUGUCACAUUGGGCACCGCCUGAUGAAAGAGGAAAAUUGCUCGGUUUUAUGAAUGCUGGCGCUCAAAUCGGUAACGUUGUAACCUUAUCUAUUGGUGGUCUUAUGUGUUCGUGGAGUUUUGCUGGUGGUUGGCCAUUAAUUUUUUAUUCAACAGGUAUUAUGGGUCUUAUUUGGGGUAUUUUUUGGAUUUUCUUUUAUACCGAUUCGCCUCGUCAUCAACGUUGUAUUAGUAAUAGAGAAAAAGAUUAUAUUGCACAUGCUACACAAGGACAAUUAUCAAAUCAUGAUAAAAAUGAAUUUAAAGCUCCAUGGAAAGCUAUUUUAACAUCAAAAGCAUGCUGGGCACUGUUUAUUACACAUACAUGUAAUAAUUGGGGGACGUAUACAUUUCUUACGUCAAUUCCAAAAUAUAUGGCAGAAGUGUUAAAAUUUGAUAUUAAAUCAAAUGGAUUGCUCUCCUCACUACCGUAUAUUAUAUUCUGGCUCAAUAUCAAUAUAUCUGGCGCAGUGGCUGAUAUGAUUAUUCGAAAAAAAUUUUUGACAAGAACACAAACAAGAAAGCUAUUUAACGUGUUAGGAAACUUAUUUCCAGCAUUAUUUGUUAUUGGAUUAGCAUUUAUGACAUGUAAAACAAAAUAUUUUGCUGUAGCUUUACUAACCAUUGGUGUUACUUUUACUGGAUGUUGUUAUGGUGGAGGAUUUAUGCUCACAGCAAAUGAUAUUGCUCCGGCAUAUGCAGGCAUCAUUUUUGGUAUUUCAAAUACAUUUGCUACAUUGCCGGGUAUUAUAAGCCCAUAUAUUGUCGGAGCUCUUACAGAAAAAGAUGCAUACAAUUGGCGCUAUGUCUUCUUCAUUUGUGCAGUUAUCUAUAUAAUUGGCAUGAUUACAUUUUUAUUCAUUGGCUCAGGUGACAUACAAUCAUGGGCAGUAAAACGUCGUGCUGAAUCAAUCACACCAGAAGAGACACCUCUAUCAGAACCUACUGGUGACUUAGUAUCAAAGAAUUUAACUGCAUAA